CUGCCUCAAAGUGACUACGGAUCAGGCAGUGUUUAAUGAGUGGUCAAGGCCAACCUCUGCUCUCCCAGAAAAGAAGAAAUGCUCAUCUGAAAUUCAUCAUGUUUCUGCUGUCUUCAGAUUGACCAAACAUUGAAAAGAGCACAAGAAGAAGCAGACCUAGCGCCUCUGGCCUUCCCGUUGAAAGCAGAGUGUUCUCGGACAGCAAGAUAUGUCAGAGACCUCCUCUCAUGACUCCUUCUACGAUUCCCUGUCAGACAUGCAGGAAGAAAGCAAGAAUGCUGAAUUCUUCCCAGAGCUCUCUGCUUUUCUCAGCCAGGAAGAGGUAAACAAGAGCCUGGAUCUGGCGCAGAGAGCAAUAGCUAACUCCGAAACAGAAGAUUUUGACUCGGAAAAGGAGAUCUCACAGAUUUUCAACCCCUCUCCUGUAAGCCUCUGUGAAAAUCCUUUCCACCAGGAGACCAAAUUGACUGAACAAACCUCACAAAGACCUCAAGAUAACAGGCCAACAGCUGUCCAGCCUUUGGCAGAAAGACAAACUAAAAGCAUCUCUUCACCUGUUUCAAAGAGGGAACCUGCCAUGUCACCCUUGCUCGCCAGCCCCAGCUAUAUCCGGAGCCUCCAAAAGGCUGAAAAGCGUGGAGCAAAAACUCCCGGCACAAACGUAAAGGCUAAACCUGCCCAUCGGGGUAAGGCUGGCCCCCAGAGCCAGCUGUGUGAAAAGGCAGCUCAUUUCAUCGAGGAGUUGACAUCCAUAUUUAGAGAAGCAGCAAAGCCAAGAAACAAAAGUCCAAAUGGGGAGUCCUCAUCCCCAGAUAGUGGGUACCUGUCUCCUAAAAGUCAGCAAUCAGCCCUGCUGAGUGCCUUGGCCACCCAGAGCCCCACACAAGACCAGCAGGAGCUGGAAGCCGAGGUCAAGCCACCUGAGGCCAGGCAUUGUCACCAGGCAGCCCAAGACACAGUGGAGCCACGUGCCAACCCGGCUCACCCACAACCCCGGAGCGCGCUGCUCUUCCCGUCUGCUCCUCGGUUCCUCGAAAAGCUCCAGAGCCAAGAAGUGGCAGAAGGCAGGAGAGUCUUCCUGCAAUGCAGAGUCAUUGGAAACCCAGCUCCUCGAGUCAGGUGGUUCUGUGAUGGGAAGGAGCUGCUUAGCUCUCCAGACAUCCAGAUCUGCGUGGGGGGCAAUCUCCACACACUGGUCAUAGCUGAGGCCUUUGAGGACGACACAGGUCGCUACACCUGCCUGGCUACGAACCCCAGUGGUUCAGACUCAACGUCUGCCGAGGUGUUCAUCGAAGGUGCAAGUUCAACAGAUUCUGACAGUGAAAGUUCAGCUUUCAAAUUAAAACCUGGAGUUAUGCCACAAGCUCAAAAGAAAACGACUUCUGUUUCCUUGACAAUAGGAGCAUCAUCUCCAAAGACAGGAGUGACCACUGCUGUAAUCCAGCCGUUGUCUGCCCCUAUUCAGCAGGUUCAAAGCCCAACUUCAUAUCUCUGCCGAUCUGAUGGAACCACUGCUGCCUACUUUCCUCCUGUGUUUGCCAAGGAAUUGCAAAACACGGCCGUGGUGGAGGGCCAGGUGGUGGUCCUGGAGUGCCGAGCCCGUGGAGCGCCCCCUCUGCAGGUGCAGUGGUUCCGGCAAGGGAGUGAAAUCCAAGACUCUCCAGAUUUUAGAAUUCUACAGAAAAAGCCUAGAUCUACAGCUGAACCUGAGGAAAUCUGCACCCUGGUUAUUGCGGAAACAUUCCCUGAAGACGCAGGGAUCUUCACAUGCUUGGCCAGAAAUGAGUAUGGGUCGGCCACAAGCACUGCCCAGCUGGUUGUCAUCUCGGCCAACACUGAGAACUAUAGCUGUAACUCAGCAGGCGAGUCCAGUGAUGAUCACUUCCAGCACUUCCCAUCUUCUGCUCCAGUCUUGGAGACAGAUUCCCCCAAGUUGGCUUCAAAGAGACCCUCUGAGAUGUGGCAGGGGAGCAGCCUCAAGUCAGGCCUGAGCACGGCAGCCCUUCACACACAGUGCAGUUCUGCAGAGAGGGAAACCAAAGGGGUCCAUCUGCACCACGGAGUAAACGGGCUGAUUAAUGGCAAAGUGAAUGAUGACAGAGCACUUCCAGCACCUGCUGUCCUGCCUUCACCCAGUAAGGAGCCACCACCUCUGCUGGCCAAACCCAAACUGGACCCUCUGAAGCUCCAGCAGCUACAGGCCCAGAUCCGCCUAGAUCAGGAGGCCUCCACCCCAUACCUGCCAGAGCCCAUGAGCGCACUGGCCUCACACCGCACCCCAGCCAUGCAGCCCGCGGGCGCCUUCAACUACGCACGCCCCAAGCAGUUCAUUGUGGCCCAGAGCCUGGGGUCCCCCGCUGGCCCUGGGUCCCCAGCCUCCAGCCCAGGCUCCUCCAGCCUCCCAUCACCGCUGUCCCCGCAGCCCCGGCCCUUUGGCCGUGCGCCAGAGUCGCCCUGGAGCCCGCGGGGCCCAACCCCAUCGCCUCCACCGCCGCCGCCCCCAGCCCUCAGCCCCACUGCUGCCUUCCCAGGGCCUGAUGUGUUCCCACCACCACCACCCCCAUUGCCCGGCCCUGGCCUGGCCCUGCACGGAGCUCCACAUGAUGCCCGGCCCAGCCCGACACCUGCCGCCCUCCUGCGUGCCCUGCUGCCCAUGCCACCACCACCCUCAGUCAAUGCCUUGGGGCUGCCCAGGGCCGUCACCCCCGCGGGCUUUCCAAAGAAGGCCGGCAGGACUGCCAGAAUAGCCUCUGAUGAGGAGAUCCAAGGCACAAAGGAUGCUGUCAUUCAAGACCUGGAACGGAAACUUCGCUUCAAAGAGGACCUUCUGAACAACGGCCAACCGAGGUUAACAUAUGAAGAAAGAAUGGCUCGGCGACUAUUGGGUGCUGACAGCGCAACCGUCUUCAACAUCCGGGAGCCAGAAGAGGAGCCAGCUAAUCAGGAAAUUGGGUCUCCUCAUGCUUCUGUAGGGAAACCUCUGGAUGGUCAAAAGGAGUACAAAGUCUCCAGCUGUGAGCAGAGGCUCAUCAGUGAGAUUGAGUACCGGCUGGAGAGGUCUCCUGUGCAAGAGUCAGGCGAGGAAGCACCCUUCGUGGAUGUUCCUGUGGACAAGAGGGUGGCCCCGAUCUUUGAGAUGAAGCUGAAACAUUACAAGAUCUUUGAGGGGAUGCCAGUGACUUUCACCUGUAGAGUAUCUGGGAAUCCAACGCCAAAUGUUUAUUGGUUUAAAGAUGGGAAGCAGGUAUCUCCCAAGAGCAGUCACUAUGCCAUUCAGAGAGACCCAGACGGGACCUGCUCCCUCCACACCAUGGCCUCUACCCUGGACGAUGAUGGGAAUUACACCAUCAUGGCUGCAAACCCUCAGGGCCGCACCAGCUGCACUGGACGGCUGAUGGUCCAGGCUGUCAACCAGAGAGGCCGCAGUCCCCGCGCCCCCUCAGGCCACCCUCACGCCAGAAGGCCUCGAUCCAGAUCAAGAGACAGUGGAGAUGAAAAUGAGCCGAUUCAGGAGCGAUUCUGCAGACCUCACUUCCUCCAGGCCCCUGGAGACCUGACUAUUCAGGAAGGAAAACUCUGCAGAAUGGAUUGCAAAGUCAGUGGGUUACCAAACCCAGAUUUGAGCUGGCAGCUCAAUGGAAGGCCCAUACGGCCUGACAGCACUCACAAGAUGCUGGUGCGCGAGAACGGGGUACACUCCCUGAUCAUAGAGCCUGUCACAGCUCAGGACGCCGGCAUCUACACAUGCAUCGCCACCAACCGGGCAGGGCAGAACUCCUUCAGCCUGGAGUUGGUGGUUGCAGCCAAAGAAGUACACAAGCCCCCCAUGUUCAUUGAGAAGCUGCAGAACACAGGGGUUGCUGAUGGGUACCCCGUGCGGCUGGAGUGCUAUGUCUCAGGAGUACCACCACCACAGAUAUUUUGGAAGAAAGAAAAUGAGUCACUCACUCACAGCACUGAUCGCGUGAGCAUGCACCAGGAUAGCCAUGGCUACGUCUGCCUGCUUAUCCAGGGAGCCACCAAGGAUGACGCUGGGUGGUACACCGUGUCAGCCAAGAAUGAAGCAGGGAUUGUAUCCUGCACUGCCAGGCUGGAUGUUUACACCCAGUGGCAUCAGCAGCCGCAGAGCACCAAGCCAAAGAAAGUCCGGCCCUCUGCCAGUCGCUAUGCGGCACUUUCGGACCAGGGACUAGACAUCAAAGCAGCCUUCCAGCCUGAAGCUAGCCCAUCCCACCUGGCACUGAGCACUGCCUUGGUGGAAAGUGAGGACCUGUGACCAGCUCUCUUGUUGGUGCUGAAACACCAAGACAGCCACUGCCUUGACCAACAUGCUCCUUUGUCACCUUAUGUAAAAGUGACUGUAAGAAAUAAACACCAAAAUAAUAUUUUUCUUACUUGAUAUACCAAAUUUAGCAUUUAAGUAGGUGAUGCUAAUAGAAGUAUACACAUUGCACAGAAAAUUCACAUUUAUUGUCCAAUUUGAUACUUUUGGGUUUGCUGUCAUUAAAGUGAUCUGAAAUGCUAAAAUGCUAAGGAAAUCAGUUGUUCACAGGAAACCACGUCGGUGUUACCUACAAGUGCCUUGAACACAGCUCUAGGUGCCACACAGCAAGAUGGCAUGAAACGCUGAAUGUGAGGCAGCUGUGCCACAAACACAACAGCGACUCUGAGACUGUUCAGACAGCUGCAGUGAGCCAAGUGCAAUAUGUAAGGAUGAGAGAGGAAGAGCUGAUAGAGAAAGCCAAGGAAAUGCCUUGUCUUUGUAAACGGUUUUUUAUUAAAUCUUGCUUUAAAUUUUAUUAGCAUUAAGAGUUUUCUAACAAGGUUAAUACUUUACUUUUUAACGUUUUUUUCUUUGUGUGUAGUAUUUUCUUUCCAUGCUACCUUGGUAGGAAGCUUAUAUAGACCAUAUUAAAAGGCUAAUUUAAAUAUAAUUAAUAUAAAGUAUUCUGAAUAAAGCAGAAAUAUAUUACAGUCCAUUCCUCAAAAGGUACCCAAAGUACCGAAAUGACUGAGGUAUACGGUAUUUGAGGGACACAGGGGUCUGUGAGAACUAGGGAGAAUUAAGGAAGGUGCCACCAGCACAAUUACAUUGUACUCAUUUACACAGAGAGAAAGGGCACGAGGACUGCCAAAGACACUGCCAUACACAAGUCAAGGAAUUUAGGGUCAGCUGGAAGUUUAGAGCAUAUGUGCAACAGGAACUUGAGAGAGUGUGAAGUGUGUGCAGGGGGAAGAUGUAGGUGGUUUGGGCGAGCAGAUAAUGAAUCGAAGCUGUAAGGCAGGCACAGACAGGAAGCUGCAGUCGAAGGAAGUGGAGACAGGAGAAACAAAAUAGGUCUGUGCCAUAACGGGCCUUUCAGUGGCACCACGAAGUGGACAGUGGAAAUCACUGGCUCACCACCCAGCUGACCUGCAGUUGCUGAAGGAGGUGCUGGGCUCUAGGUGGUGAGAGGCAGCUCAGCCAAGACUGCGCUGGGUGUGUGCAAUUCUGCAUCAGCUAGAUGGGGUGGAUUCUGACCAGACUUGAUGGUUUUAAGUCGGAACCAAUAAAUUUUAAAGAGAAGAAAAAAUAAUUUAGCCUAGUAGUAUAUAACAUAAGGCUGUAAUGGUACUUUGCUAUGAAAAUAAACACUGUUAUUCCUUAUGCAAAACACAGUUCUCUUUCUUAUUUAUGUUUUGAACUCUCUUAGCUAAGUUACUCAAUUCAUAUAUAGUAAGUUUAUACCUGUGUGCCACCCCAUAUAUUUCAUAUUACUGCUUCACAAGUACAGCUUUCUGUUUCUUUAUAAGAACACCAACCAAGUCUUAAAUAGUAACAGGCUUCAUUCAGCUCUGUACAGCAUGGCACAGGUUUCCCUGACUUGCUUCUGUGCCACUAACGUGGAAUCAGACACCAGGCAACGCUCUCACAGACCUAUCUAUGUUGUAGAAUUAUGACAUGUCAUAUCUUGCCAAAUUUUUUAAAUGUGACUUUUGCUAACUUGCUGGGUUUGGGGUUAAAUAGCAUUAUUUUGCUGCCUUUAUUGCUGUAUUUAUAGGAAAAAAGUACUGUCAUACUACUUUGUAUUGUUGUGCCAGUGUAAUGUAGAUUUAAUAUCAAUAAAUAUUUAACAAAUAA